AUGGCUUCGCCCGACGUCGCGCCGCCCCAGGCGAACGGCGUCGCUGCACUGUCGCGUCCAGACUCGCCCGCAUCGUCCAUCGCCUCGCAAUCUACCAAGAGAAAACGCGAGCCUGCCGACGAAGCCGCCGUUGACCCCAGCCUCAGCGCCAUAAGCGAUUCGCAGAAGCCUACGCUCAAUGGCCAGCGCGCUGCGUCCGAAUGCAUGCCCCUUAUCCGUGAUUUCUUCGCGGUCCUUGAGAGCUUCGAUUCUUCCGAGUCCCCCAUUCUCAAGCGCCAUCUCCCUGAGCCUGUUUCCCAUGGCGAGCCGUCAACAAAGCGGGCAAAAUCGGAGGACCCCUCCAAGCCCCUCACCAUCGCCGAUAAGGUGACGCAGAACGCCUACGAGAACCUGGAUGAUUUCGUCGUGGACGUUGCCCGCGCCACCGAUGCACGGAUAAAGGACCUCGAGGCUGCCGGCGCCACAGCCGAUGAAAACGCCAUUGCCGAAGCUGCCGCCUUCAAGACGAAGGCCCUCGAGCUGUACAGGCGAGAGUUGGCAUAUCCCAACGUGCCCCCGCCGUCAUCGUCAGGAAAAGUGAGCUCUAUCAGCACGCGGACAGGAGGUGUUGUAUUGAGCACGGUUGGCAUGGCUCCGACCAUGCGCCCUCUAUUCACUAGCCUGCGACAGGCCCCGGAUGGCUCGAACAAGCCGUUGCCGGAGACAGCGUUGCCGAAUGGUGUUAGUGUUACCAGGGUCUUGCAGGAACCGCCGUUGACGGGCGACAAGUCGGGCCGCACGCCUACCCUUGGCGAGCUGUUUCCCUCGCCGCGGAAUUUGCCCCCUCUGCAGCCCCCGAAAGCGCCGAAGACGACAACGAAGAGCAAUGUCUUGACUUUCUAUCACCCCGAGUUUAUCGAUAAGUCGAAAUACCGCACCGGGACCUAUUUCUCACAGGUCCUUUCACAAGGUGUCUGGUUGGAUUAUACCAAUGCCACGCCUACCGUACACACCAAGACGAAGCAGCGCGAACGUGCCCAGAGCUUAGCAGGCGUGAAGCCCUCGUCGAUCGAGCUGGAGAUGACCGAGCUUGAGGCUCUUUUCCGUGGUGCCUUCUCGAGCUUUGCCCCUAGCCGAGAUGACUCGGGUGCUAUUGUUCCGGCCCAGCAAGUGAGCCGCAUUUGGUACCAACGCAUCGGUCGGCGCAACCUAAACAAGAUGGUUGAGGAGAUCGAGCCCGAAGUUGCCGAAGAGGAUGGUGUGCCGGCACGCGCCGACUCGGCCGUGAUCAUGGAGGUUGAUGAGGAGCGUGUCAAGGAGGUCAUUGAGAACUGGGAUGAUAGCUUGAUCGACCCCAACCUGGACAGCGUGCUGGGCAAGAAGUCGGACGAGGAAAAGCAGGUAGACGACAUCCUCGAGGAAAUCUCCGACAUGAUCGAGACCUUGGCGUCCUACCAACGCAACCGGAACCUGACCCUGCCGACGAGCCAAGACCGUUACUCGGCCGACCCGGUCAACGGGGACAUGCUGCGCAACGGCAGUGCCUCACACCAGCCGAGCGAAGAGGAGAUGAUGGCCUACCAGGCAUUGAAGUCGCAACUCGCCUUAAUCAUCCAAACACUGCCCCCGUGGGCAGUGGCUCGUCUCAACUCGGACAAGCUUGCCGAGCUGGCGGUCAGCACCAAGAUCGAGGUUCGGUCGGACGACUACCGUGGUGUCAUGGAGGAAGACGAGCCGGCCCGGCAGGCCCGGCUGGCUGCCCAGGUGGCGACCACCAACCAGCGGCAAUCACAAAGGGCGCCGAGCGUCGCUGCCGCGCAGUACGCCAACCAUCAGUAUCAGCCGCAAUUCACACCCUCAGCCCGCCCCGUCCCGAAUGCACCGCACUACCAGCCGCAGACACCGGUCCGGCCGCAACCCAACGUUUACUCGAGGGCUCCAUCCGCGGUUCCCAUCCCGCAGCCUCACCACCAAGCCCGACCCCAGCCGCCGCCGGCACAGUACCGGCCGCAGAUGUACGCACCUCAGCUGGCCAAGGCUCAAGGUCCGUAUGGCCACUCCGGCAUGCCGCAGCAGUAUGUGCCGAGUCCCGCACAACAACCUCGAAUGCCGCCGCAGCAGCCACCGCCGCCCCAUUACAACAAUAUGGUGCCGGCUGGGGCACCGCCCAACUCCCGGUUCCCGCAGGCCUAUCCUGCCGGCUAUCCUCAACAACAACCUAUUCAUCCACAGCAUAUGCCGCCGCACGCGCAAUCCGUACCAAUGCCUCCUCAACACCAUCCGCCCAUGACACAACAACCCAUGCCAGCGCCCUACUCGCCAUAUCCUAACGGAGCUCCAAUGCCUCGAACCAUGUCGCCGCAGGUGCCCCCGCAACCGCCACAUACUUACGCGCAAUCGCCCACACCUCAACAUCAACAAAUGCCCCGCCCGCCACCUCCGUAUGGCCCCGGUACCACUCAGCCGGGCAUGCCCCCGAACACGAUCCCUCGCCCCCCACCACAACAGUACGUUCCUGGCUCUCCUGGUCCGGCAGGCAUGAUGCCCGCACGUCCCCCGCAGCAUCAGCCCGUCGCCCCAACCCCUCCCCCGGGUCAACAUCCCCUCCCAGCAGCAGCCAUGCCCAGUUACGCGCCGGUCAUGACCACCACCGCCGAUAAUCUCCAACCGAGGCCUGCCACACCAGGACACCAGGCCCCUCCGCCGGGAGGUGUCGUUGGCCUAGCGGGAAUCGGGCUUGCAGGACAGAUGGACGUGCAUAAGCUUGCUGCGGCAAAGAUGCAGAUGGCGCAAGCUCAGCAGAGGACGCAGACGCCUGUGCCGGUCCCUCAAGUCCCAGGGCAGGUACCUCCUCCGCAGUUGGUUAAUGGCACUGGGGUGAGGACUGUCGCGCCGAGCCCGAGUCCUGUGCCUGGGACGCCGACUGUUGCUCCUGCUCCGGUUCCGGUGCCGCCUCAGCAGCAGCCUUCUGCCUGA